AUGCACUUUCUCUUGGAGGGUUGGAGUUAACUUGAUCAGUUUACCACCAGUGACUUUCUUUCCCUUCCUUCAUUCCAAAUUUCAAAAUUCAUUUUGAAAUUUGAAAUAAUAUGAAUCUGACACUUAAGCAUGGGUCAAAUGUUUAACCCUAGAACAAUUAGUUAUAACUAGGAAAGGUGGAUGAGUCCUCUAGCAUAGAAAUGGACAGCAUUGUAUAUCUGUAUAUUUCAGAUUAAAAAGAAGAAGAAAUUUUGUGAGCUUGCCAGCUACCAAAAGUGGGGACUCUUACCCAGAGCACAUGAAUAAAUGUGUGAAAGACAAGAAGAGAACUGGGAACCCAUAAUACUUAGGAAGAUUGGCAAGAAAGGAGACAACUUCAAGGAAGAAAAUGGAUUGGGGAGAUGAAUAUUCCCAUAAUUCUUUUGACCUACAUUGUUUGUUAAAUUCAUUUCCUGGAGACUUGGAGUUUAAGCAAAUCUUCAGUGACAUUGAUGAAAAGAUAGAACAAAAUGCUGCAAGCUUAGAACAUUGCAUUAAAGAAAUACAAUCCGAAGUUAACAAACAAUGUCCAGAUGUGCGUCUGCAGACAACAACUGACUGUUUUGAAUUGUUAAAUAACUAUAAUUCAUCUGAGUUACCUUCUAUUCCACCUGGAGAUCUGAUAAACUUUCUCAAAACACUGCAAGAUUUGUUGAAGAAUGAACAAAGUCAAGAAGAAAUGAUACUGAAUUUACUCUGGGACCUCUCCUGCCAGCGCAGCAUUUCAUUUCCAUCAACUCUGAGUGGAACCUCUUUCCACGUCCUCUCUAGCACUUCUCUUCAUUCUGUUGAAGAUCAUUCUUCUAUGGAUGUGAUAUCUAUAUGGGAUGAUAUAAGACUACAACUUCGACGCUUCUUAGUUAGCAAAUUACAAAACCAUAAUGAAAUCAACAGUUUGCAGCAAAAAAUUUUGUUGAAAAAUGAGUGCAUACAACAACUCUUGUUUCUUUAUCCAGAAUCAGAAGUUAUAAUCAAGUAUCAAAGCAUACAGAAUAAACCGUUGGCUAAACUUCUGCAAAACUGCUUUCCUUCUUACAGCAGAGAAUCAAAUUUAGACAUAAUGACUCAUGGAUACCAAAGUGCAAUGCUUAAGUUAUACUCAGUGAUAAAAGAGGAUUUUAAUAUACUGCAUGAAAUUUUAGCUCCAUCCUCAACAGUGAAAUUCAUUAAAGAAACUUACUUGGAUACUAUUACAGAAGAAAUGGCAAAAUUUCUUGCAAAUUUUUGUGAACUGCAGUUCAAAGAAAGUGCUGUUGGUGUGAUUAAAACAAGCAAGCGCUCCAGCAGGCAUAGAGGAGCAGUGCAUGCUUUGGUUACUCCUGAAUGCCCACAGAAAGAAAGAAACUUUCUCCUCUCCUUAAAUGAACUUGAAUUCUUAUCACAGCUCAUAAAAUCCUUUUUGAAGCUGGAAAAAAAUGUUCAAGAAUUGUUUGAAGAAAUGUUUUUGUCACUCAAGAUACUCAGGAAUAAAUCAGGAAUUUUGGACACACCCAGUCGAGAAGCCAUAAGAGAGAAACCUAGAGCAGAUGAAACCAGUAUUUCCUCAGAGCACUUGCUAGCAGGGAAAGAGACUAGUUUACUAGAUUUUGCCUGGAGAAGUGCAUUUAAAGAAGUGUCUCUUCCCGUGGCAUAUUGUAUAACAACGGCAAUUGAAGAUUUUUCCAUAAAAGUUCUACAACAGGAACAGAAUGAAAGGUCUUCAGCUGUGACCUAUGCUAUGAACCUUGUAAAUGUCCAACGAGUUUGGCAAGAUGGCUGUGUGGUUCCUGAGGAGGACCAGCCAAAGAAAAUUGCAAAGUUCUGUUCUGACAUCAUGGAAAAACUUGACACAAUGCUUCCACUGGCUCUGGCAUGCAGAGAUGAUUCUUUUCAGGAAAUUAGAGCAAACUUUGUGGAGGCCUGUUGUAAAGUGGCAACAGCUGUUCUGGCGAGACUGCAAGAGAGAGGCAAGGAGUUUCCUUCCAGAGCACCCCUGAAAAACUUGCAUACAUUGCUCUCCACGGCGGUUUAUGUCUUCCAGCAUUUUAUGCAAUAUGAUAAUUUGAUGAAAGAAAAUGCUAAGAAACCCAUAUUCCUGGUGCCUGUCCAAGGAUAUCAGGAAUUCAUCAACACUCUGCAGUUUCAGGUUACGGACUACUGCGUCAGAGUUUGUGCUACAAGCAUUUUACAGGAUGCUGAGAGCCACCACUGGGAUGACUACAAAGCUUUUUAUGAGGGGGAAAGAUGCUCCUUCUCACUCCAGAUGUGGCAUUAUUUCUUCUGGGCUCUUCAUCAUGAUCUCUGGACCAUUCUGCCCCCUAAGUUAGCCCAGAAGAUUCUAGCAGAAGUUCUUGAGAAAUCUUUGGGUCUACUGGCCUCCAGAUAUGCUCAGGCCCAUCCCAGUUAUAAGAGGACUCCACAGAUAAGACUUGAUAUCACAACAAUUUUAAUAUGCACUGAGAACAUGUUAUGGUCAGUUUGCACAUCUGUACAGAAACUUUUGAAUCCUCAUGAAUAUAUAGAUGAUAAAAUUUUUAAAAUCCAUACCCAUUGUAAUAACCUGUUGACAACGUUAGUCAUUUUGACUUCUCCAUUAACUGAAUUAUAUCAGACUUUUCAGCAUGGCAUAGAUGAUUCUGCUUCAGAUUCCUUAAAGCCGUUUUUCAGGCAACCAUUACAUUGGUCUUCUUGCAUAUCACAUUUCUACCCUUCUUUACUCAGGACUUCAUCAGCUGGACAACUGACGACUGAGGGGUACUUGAAACUGCUGUUAGCCCAGCCAGGUUGUAACUGGAACCUGCUUCUGGAAACCCUGCUGCAUCAGAAUGGUUUUUUACUGAGAAUCUUGCUGAAGAGCUCAAAAUGCACCUUUCAAGAACAAAGUUCUGAUACAGAAAAUAAUAUGAGCCAAGUAUCUAGCUUGGUGGAAGCCAUCUUUAAAGUACUAUACUAUUGCAGUUUUUCUCCACAAAUAUUUGGAAAUGUUUUUGUGAGCUACAUGGAAGAAGAACAAUUAUGGAACUUUUUAUAUAACAUUCCAGUUUCAACAUGCAUGGAGUCCGAGCUAGAGGUCAUCCGAUGCUUGAGAUUGGCACUGACCGACGCUGUCAAGGACAUUGUAGAGCACAUAAUAUCUGUGAUGACCUCUGGGAGAUACAGUGAGACAAGCCUAAACAAGCCUGGUGUUCCUGAACGUUUGCGCGAGAGCAUUCCCAAAGAAUGGAAUUAUAUUCCCAAAGAAAUGAAAAGGAAAGAAUCAAGCAAAGGCGUCACAAGGCUUGCUGCUGAGGCAGUAUCUAUUGUAAUCAGCAAGUUACCUACAGUGAUUGCAUGUUUGCCUCCCCCAAUUAAAUACUUCUUUUUUCUGUCUGAGAGAAAAAUGUCAAAAAACUUUGUUGACUUGAAGAAAGCUAGCCUGCUUGUCUGGAACUUGAUUGUAAUUAUAUGUCGGAUAUUUGAGGAUGGAAACACUGUGGAACUUUUAACAGGUGCCUCCCUUGACAGAAUGAGGAAAGAGAAACUGGGUUUAAUCUGUGCGUGUUUGGAGAGCAUCAUGGGAGAGCAGACAAGUAGCCCUAAUCAAAUGGCCCAAAAGGUCAUUCAGAGCAUCGAGCAGCAAAAACCCAACUGGAUUAAAUGCCAAUUGCUGAAAGCAAGGAAAUUGAGCACCGAAUGUGUGUUUAUGACAAUAGAGAAAAGCACAGCCUUAGAAGAAGGAGGUAUUGCUCUGGAACUGACUGAGCAGAAAAUAAACAUGAUGGUCCUGGAUAUCUGCCACAAACCAGGUGGCAGCGAGUACCUGAGGCAAAUUUAUCACAUCAUGCGGCUCAAUGAGGAGUAUUUAAAAGAACAGCUGUUUUCCAUGAAUGGUUCAGAGGAAAAGCCAUUACCCAUCCGACCUUUAAAAACAACCUUGAGGAGUGUGGAAGAUCAGCCUUCUGCUUUUAACCCUUUCCAUGUGUACAAGGCAUUUAGUAAAAACAUGCUAGACCAGUCAGCCAUCACAAAAUGGAACUGGAAUUGGUCAAACUUGCUGCCAAAUUAUCUGGGACUGGAUAAGAUGACCUUCAGUGUACUGCUCAAAAACAGGUGGGAAAUGAGGAAGGAUGAAAGACUAGAAGAGGAAGAAAAAGCAAUGCUGGAAUAUUUAAAACAAAUUUGCAACAUCCAGAACUCUUCUGCCUCAGAUAACACAGAAGAACAGUAAUCUGCAGAAAACAGCAACAGCUUUAUUUUAGGAAAUAAUCACAUAUAAUGGAGCAGGAUUUUUACUACAGUCAGGAUGAACCUCAGUUGUGUUGUGAAGCAUGAAACCAAUGACUGAGUAAUCUCUGAAGUGAAAAGAAAUAUAGCACAUAAAAAAUAAAGUGCUACAUAUAUUUUAUUUUAAAAUUAAUUUCAAAUGUUUUUCUUCUCUCAAUCUUUCUCCUUAGAUGAUAUAACUGCUGCCAUCUCGUGUUCCCUUGAAUUAUUUUUUUCUUUCAGCCUUGAAGUAUCUAUGACAACAGGCAAAAUGUUUGGAUAUCUUUUCCCUAAGGAUUUUUAAAUACAGCAUUUGGAUGUUAAGUUGAAUGGCAUCACAUGGCCCCCUGAGAGUCAUCUGAAAUUUUUUAUCUAAUUUUGUAGCUGUAUCCCAAGUCCAGGUCUUACCAGCCUUCGUUCCCACAGCCUCUUCAUGUCCAAUUUAUCUUAAUCAUCCCACAAAGAGCACUCCCCUGAACUAUAGCUUUAUUCAUAUCUCUGCAUAUAGUGGUUUUUUAAACAUCAGUUCCAAUCAUAUGCUUUCAGAUACUAUACCCAAUGGCACCAUGUUCAGGCAACUGUGAGCCAUCCUCUUGGCUCAGGCCACACACUUGCCAUUUUCCUCAACCAGAAACCAUUUUUCUCACAAAAUUAUGUUCAAAACAGACUACAGCAAUCUCUACUCCUCAGGUCAUUAUCUACAAUUUCUGUUCUCUUAUUUCCAUUACCUUACACACACAAAGGAAAUGGAACGUGUUCUAGCACCCUGUACACCAAGUAAAGCUAUAUAUGCUGUAAACUUCCUAGCAGUGUCUGAUAUUAGAUUAUAAAAAUUUAAAGGCCUUCCUGUAUAAUGCGAGGUCCCCUUUUAUAAGAGUAGUCUCUCCAAAUACCUACUACAAAGUCAUUCAUCUAGUCAGCAGUUAAUAAACACAGUUGUUUGAAUGUCAUUGAAAAAAGACAAUGAAGACUUUUAGGCUACUGAGCAAUCUACUGGACACCUGGGAGAAUAUAUCAUGAACUGUUUUAGACCGUAUGACAUUGCAUAUCAUGGUUUCUGAUGUUCUCAGAUUGUCCAUGUUCCCAUGUUCUAUAAUUUUGAUAAAAUAUAUGUAGACUUCAUGAUAAUCAAAGGAAAGGAAUUAAGCAUUUUUCAAAGAGUACAACCUUGGAGUUUAAAGGGGGCCACCUUAGAAAAUCUCUUGCAUUAUUUCUUUUCAUAAAGACAUGUAAAUGACCAUAUAGCCAGCUGUCUGCCAGAUAACACAUUUUAAUUUUGAAGAAUCUGCUGUACUUUAGAUGACUAGUACAGGAUGGGGCAAAAGUAGGUUUACAGCUAUUCAUAUGGAUAAUAAUACAAUAAUAAAUAAUACAAGAAUUAACUUUAUUCUAUGUACUUACAACUGUAAACCUACUUUUGCCACACCUUGUAUGAUCUCAUGAACCAAGCAUUUUAUGAUGUAGUUGAAAUAAUUUCUAAAAAUUUGAUGUAGGUUACUUAAAAAUUUUUAUGAAACUUUUAUGAGAAUUUGAUUUUCCAUCUAAUCUUACCUAUAAGCAGUUCUAUAACAACAAAAGGCAACAGUUGACUAUUCUCUCAGCUUAGUGAUGGUCUGUGCAUUAAAUCUGCAUAACUCUGUUCUACUAGGAGAGACACUAAAAUAGAAAGUCAAAGUAAAGAUAAAUUGAUCAAUAACCUAAAUGAAAUAAUCUUACAAAAUUAUAGGAUUUCACAUUUAGGUUCCUUUAUCUUGCAACAUACCUAAAGAUCAUCUUUUAACACUAUUUUUUAAUUAAAUCUGUAUUUUCUAUAGUAAUCCUGGAAGUGAUUUAGUUCUUCUAGAAAAAAAAUUUCUCUAUGACUCCCUUUUCAAAGAACUAUAGAGGAGAAUGGGAUAAGCUGGAAAGAGAAGUAGAAAAGAGAAAAGAGCUUGCAGUUGAAUUCUCUUUUGUACUUGCCCAGGGUAAUUAUUAUAGCCAUAAAUGUAAUAAAAUUUAUACCUGGAAAUGUUAAAUGGUAAGUCACUGAUUUAUCAGAUCACUUUGUAUACUUAAUGUUUCUUAAAGUAUAAGAAGUGGUAUUUCAAAAUGUUUUCCUUUCUCAGAAUUAUUUUGCAUUUGUAUAUAUUAACAACAGGAAUGAAUACUUCAUAACUUUCCAUAUGCUUACUACAAAAAUAUUA